AUGGAGAAGGAGAAUGAAAUAUGCAAAAACGGACCAUCAAUCCCGAGAAACUCAUCGGUCGGAUACUACUAUCACCGGAGGUCAGAGGGUGUUCCGUUCAAAUGGGAGAUGCAGCCAGGAACUCCCAUUAAUACUCAGCCCGUGGAGGUUGUACCUCUGAUCAGUCCUCCUCCCGCGAUGCUCAGCCUUGGCCUUCCCAAGCCAUCCAUCAAUUUCAAAGAGCCAAAUCACUCUGUAUUUCCAGCGAAUCUGAAGCUGCGGAAUUGGAAGCAUCUUCGUUGCAAGAGAUACUUCUCUAGAUUGACUAACAAAAUGAUGUCGUCGUCGAUUUGUUUGUACCCUGAGAAACGGUAG